UGACGAGGAAACGCGGAAGAAGAAGAGACACAGAGAGAAUCGAUAAAAAAAGAAGGGUCAACAUGCGGCUCAGACGAGGUGCCGAGCCCGAGGGCACUGUCCCGGCAGAGGAACCAGAGCCAGAAAUCGUGUCUGAGGAACCCGAACUUGAACCGACGUUGACUGUUACCGAAGCGGAGGUUGAGGUUGCUCAUACGGGGAUAAGUGUAACCGAAGCUGCUGUUCCCGAGGUCGAGGAUGUCAGCACGAGCGCCCCCACGCAGUCGACGGCGGAGAUGAUGGAGGAACAGGCGGAGAUUAUCGCCGAGAAGAUAGGGAUGCCCGUCGAAGGACUCAUAGCCAUUCUCGUUGGAGUCGGCCUACUGAUCCUUGGCAUCUGCUUCUGCUGUAUCCGACGAUGCUUCAAGAAACGCCGCACAAAGAAAGGCAAGGAUGGCAAAGGAGGAGACAUGAAAUCGGUGCAGCUUCUUGGAUCCGCCUACAAGGAGAAGGCUGACAUGGAAGAACUCACAGAGAACGCCGAAGAUAUUGCAGAGGAAGGCGAGAGCAAGAAAAGUGAGGAGAAACUCGGACGCCUAAACUUUAAGCUUGAGUAUGACUUCAACUCCAACAGUCUAAGUGUGACCGUCAUACAGUGUGAGGAGUUGCCAGCACUGGACAUGGGUGGCACGAGCGAUCCCUAUGUUAAGGUCUACCUGCUGCCAGACAAGAAGAAGAAGUUCGAGACAAAGGUUCACCGAAAGACACUGAACCCCGUCUUCAAUGAGACCUUCACGUUCAAGCAGGUCCCCUAUGCUGACAUUAUGUCCAAGACGCUGGUGUUCGGCAUCUACGACUUCGACAGGUUCUCCAAGCAUGACCAGAUCGGCGAGGUCAAGAUUCCGCUGUGUCAGGUCGACCUUGCGCAGACCAUCGAGGAAUGGAGGGACCUCGUUUCUGUAGAAGGGGAUGGAGGCCAGGAAAACAAGCUCGGAGAUAUCUGCUUCUCUCUACGCUACGUCCCGACGGCAGGCAAGCUCACGGUGGUUAUUCUGGAAGCCAAGAACUUGAAGAAAAUGGACGUUGGUGGUUUAUCAGAUCCCUACGUAAAGAUCUGUCUCAUCCAGAACGGCAAACGACUGAAGAAGAAGAAGACCAGUAUUAAGAAAUGCACUCUCAACCCUUACUAUAACGAGUCCUUCUCCUUUGAAAUUCCUUUCGAACAAAUCCAGAAAGUCAACUUGCAAGUGACCGUCGUGGACUACGAUCGCAUUGGUACCUCAGAACCCAUUGGUCGGUGUGUGUUGGGUAUGAAUGCUUCGGGCACGGAACUGCGCCAUUGGUCGGACAUGCUGGCAUCUCCUAGGAGGCCCAUCGCCCAGUGGCACACCUUGAAGGAUCCUGAGGAGGCCGAUGCCAUCCUUAACCUUAAGUAAAAAGGUCAGUCUCCUCCAUUCUGAAGAGCGCAAGAUGACCCUCCAACCUUCCGCCACGAUUUCCAAAGCGAUGAGAUGAAUCCAAGAAGUUACGACCAAAGCGUCUAGUCAGUAGUUGUGCGAACCUUACACGAUGCUUCAGAUAAACAGGAUAAUUUACCUUUCAAUCAGUGUAAAAAUGGAGAAACUCAGAAUGCCGCUUUUAUUAUCAUCAAAUGAGGAUAAGCAUCUCUUCUUCUUCUUCUUUUUGUUGUUGUAUUUUUUUCCUUUUUUUAUUGAAAUGCAUGAAAACAUCACAUACAUCUGAAUAAAAUAGGUAGCUAGGAUUUUCAUUCUAACGUGCAGCCGAUUUCUUCAAAGCAUGAGGCGAGGAAGCAUCAUUUAGAAAGGUUGGUACGUCGAGAUGGCAAGUGGUCAUCUUCACAAAGUACAGUGAUUCAGGAUAUAUAUAGUAAUAGUAAGCGGAACAUAAAUGUAUGUGCAUAUAUACAUACAUUCAUAUUUAUAUGUGUAUACUCACUGGGGUGUGACAAUGCAGCUGUCUUGCGAUAUAUCUUUAAAAAAAAAAACAAAAAAAAAGGUCAGUGUGUCGAUUUAACUCCAUUUCCUGUGGCAAAACUUGUCCGACUUGUAAUGUACAACUAAAACAAAACAGGAAGAAUAAAGAAGGAACUCUCACGAAACAAAUCAAAGUCUUCAACAACUCGUCUUAUCGUCUUCAAGUUGGCCUUGGCUAGGUCUCAUCUGGUUCCUAAGACGCCGGACGUGCCCUGAGCUUGGGAAACUUAACGUGAGCACACUAACCCCAAGACCGACGACCCUGAUGUGGGCACACCAACCCCUAAGAGCGGCGACGGACACGGAGUUUAGAAGAGCUCCUUCAGAUACCCUUGUCCCACCUGCUUGCCGUGAGAGAGUCCGGAGGGAGGGUCGCACGGACGCACGGACGACCGGCGACCUCCUCCCAGCGGCCCAGACUGUGGAACCUGAGGAGCCCCAGCUGAGUUCUUACACAUCCUCUGCCUUGCUAGACAUACCUGACGGAGGCACACUUACCUAUCGCCUUUCCGCACUCCAGAGACUCCCCCCCUCCCCCCACUCACAUCCUCAUAUGGUAAGGUGAUGAAAGAAAGAAAAAUAAAAAUAAAGUUAAGAGAAAAAUAUACCGAGACAAGCGGCGCCUUGUCGACACAUGAUGGGGCCGGUGCUGCUGCGCAAGUCGACUCGCACCUGUUUAAGAUUCCGCUCUCCUGGGUGAUGCGCUCUCCCCUCUGAGGCCACACCACCUGCAGAAGGAGGAGUCUCACCAGCGCGACGUGUUCCUUGGACCCGAGCGAGGCCGGUGCGUGCGCAAGGUCCCGCUGCCUCAGUGAGGUCGUCGUGGGGUCUUUUCUACGGAAGCGGCAAAGCCAUUUUGUUAAUUAGUGGAGAUAGUUGAUGUUGUUGUUGUUUAUUUUGUUUAUUUUUUCAGUUCUGACUUUUGAGUAGUCGAUUUUCUCCUUGAUGCAUAAGCCUUUUCCGGCGCUGCAUCCUGGCUUCAACCAAAGAAUAUGAUUAAGAAGGGAUCUAUUAAAAACAGACAUAACGGGAUAAGGUGGGGCUUUAUCGUAGCUAGUUAGUGAGGACGAACUUUGUCUGGUCCAGUCAAAGUUUGCCCCCAAGAAUUUGAUAUUUAAACAAAUUUUAACUUAUUUCUGGUCUACAUUCGCCUUAGGAAAAGGGAACAUUAUCACUGUAAAAUGUUCUAUAUGGGGUAGAUAAAGAGAUUUACCUAAACAUAGGCAGCAGUACAUCUAUAAUGACUAUAAUGAAUGUAUGAACAUCAUCAUGCUAGCGAAGAAUAAAAAGAAUUCAGUCCUCUUUCGUUUGCAAGUUAGCAUUUGCAGUAGUGUUUUAGUUAGGCUUUCAUAAUCUUUGAGUAGAGAGAAUCACUCAUUCCUUUUAUAUGUCAGCUAUGUUUUGGAGAGUAAAUGUUUAUAUCACGGGACAUGUAGCUGUACUGAUCUUCACAUAUAUAAAUAUUAAGCAGUGUCCUAUUAUAUACAUUAUAUACAUCAGUGUACAGGUAGGUAAGUCUACUUAUACAUAUUCUUCUUUAGCUCCCGACAUAAUAGCUAUGGCUGAAAGAAUAUACCUUUUUCAUGAUUUCUCAUGUCUCUCCUGAACUGUUCUGGGACAGCCGUGGAUUCCUGGUGCCAUAUGGAAUUAUUAUUUACAUGUUCAUUGUUUGAGCCUAUUAAGGGUCAUACUCCUCUGAUAGUGUAUGUUUUAUCAACCCCCUCCCCCUCCCCCUGUGAUUCGUUGGGUCAUUAUUACUACUGUUGAAACUUUGAACUAGUAAUUUGAUAGGAACUAUCGAAAAAAAAUAUAUAAAAUAGUUUGUAAAAAGUGUGAAAAUAGCAUGGAGUGGGAUAUCCUCCCAUCUUUGUAUAGUAUGAGUCCCGCACACUCCCCUUAGGAUACAACAAGUAUUAGGACUUAUCAGGCCUUUUUUCAUUUUGGAUUCCGGUCAUCUAAACUUCAGCCCAAAACAAAAAAGAAAGAAAACGUUUAUUUGCGAUUAGAGAAAGGCAAGCAAAAGCUGAACUAACUAAAACUUAAGGAUUGCACAUACCGCAAUUGGCCUAAUGCGUCCUGAUAACCCACCAACGUCUAGGAGACUGCAAAGACCCGACGGCGUGGAUGCCUUUGAUUGGUUAUAAAUAUUUGAAAUUGUUCAUGACGUGUCACGCGGCCAUUGGUUCCCUGCAAUCUCUCAGCCUUGGGUUGUGGCCCCCUAUUGGUCAAGUGUGGGGCCGCCAAGCUCUGUGUUGUUAAUAUUAUGUGCCGAUCAUUUCAUAUCAGAUGGGGACAGGGUCUGGAAGUGCAAAAAAAAAAUGAUAAUAAAAAAAAAAAAUGAAAUACAUAAAAUUAUGUUUUAGAAAAUACUUUUAAAAAUAUAGAUUAAAAAAAAGGUCCACAUCCAUCGCCUCAUUUAGCUUUACAGUAGACAAAUACUGCAGGUCUAGUCCAGUGUUGGAAUCUGUCACAUUUUGCCCGCAUGUUGUGAGUCUCUCCUCCAAACGGACUAAAACACACAAGUGAAUUUCUAAAACAAAGGAAGGACAAAGAAAGUGUGAGAAGACAAGUUUACGGAGCAAGUAACGUCUUUGCCUCCACCCGUGGACGAAGUAAUAGUAAUAUUCAUCAUGAAAGGAGAACGUAUAGCCUGAAUGAAGAGGGCUCGACGAAUCUAUAUUAACGAUUAUUUAUCAUAAUUAUCAUUUAGGAUAAUCUGUCAUCCAAAUACUAAAACACACAUGAAACAAAGGCUCAUGUUGGAGGAUGGCAUUCGUGUCAAAACAUUAUCAGGGACUCCAACGAGCUUUCCAACGGGACGCCAUCCUUUGACCCGACCCUACGCAACCCCCUUCCCCUCUCUGCCCCCGCCCGACCCUUCUUCACCUCAUAUAUAUAUAUAUAUAUAUAUAUAUAUAUAUAUAUAUAUAUACACACACACACCUGCUACUUUUGCUUUGUGUCUUUUUCUCUCUCUCUCAUCGGUUUGUGUCUCUUUGUCUUUCGAUCUCCUUCAAGUGCAACAAAUAGGAAUGAUCCUCUUUACCAGAUUGACCACGCCCCCUUUUUCUCGAUGUUUAAACCAAUCGCGUGUCGUUUAUGGCACGUCGCCUCCCUCUUUACCUCUUUCUUUUCACCAAUCACGCUUCGUCUCUCUUCUUCUCUGCACCCUUUCCAACCAAUCACGUGCCGUUGUGGAAUCAUCACGACUCAUGUUGUUUAUAUUUUUUCUUCUUAUCUAUUCUUCGCUGUUUCCACUCCUCUGCUAAUUUCUCGCUCGACUGCAAACGGAGCUAACGGUUUUUCCCAUUUCUCUGUCACGCUUCUGAUCCCAUUUACCCACAUGAAAUCUUGAGCUUCUUCCAUGACAUGCCGUCUGUCAUAUCAUUGUCUGUUCCCGAGGAUGAAUUUUCUCCCUCUCUCUCCUUUCACUCCAUGGAACCUCUCUUUGAUUCGCCAACACUAGGGAGACGAGAAGUAUGUGUAAAGAAACGAAGAUCACCAAUUAGAAUUAAAAGGAUAAUGAUGAUAAAAACACAAAGCAUUAACAAGAAUAGCUUCUUGAUUAGAUUAUCAGCGAUACAUAUAUGAGAAAUUUAAGAUACAUACGUCCAUCAGGCAUAAUACUCUUUUUGGGAUCGUAUCAGGGAUCUCUAUCUUCGCGAAUUGACAAAUGAAAGUGUACAAAAGGCAUUCGAGUCUCCUAUAGUAGCUGCGCUCUUUUUAGGAUCAUCUAUACUGUUUAUUCGGGGCAGUUACAUCACAGGGUUGGAUCCUCUCUAUGUUCGGGGGGAGAUAUUUACAUCAGAUGUUUGUUGAGCUCUUUGCGUAGCCACUGCGUGAUGGAGCGUCGAUUAUCUUUUAUCAAACUCUAGGAUAGUAGAUUUGGCACACUUGAAUUCGCUGUAGAUAUGUAUAAUUUUCUCUUCUUUAUUCCCCUUCUUCCUCUUCUUCCUCCUCCUCCUACUUCCCAUUCUCCUUCCUUGGAGUGUUUUGUUUUAUCAUCGUGUUAUAUUCUGUCACAGAGCCACCAAUGUAAGAUAGGUCACGAGAUUAGCAAUUUUGAUCUUUCAAGGCGUACCUUAGGGUCCAAAUUCACUAGUCACGUCACAGGAUGUACGACCCUAUCCCCCCUACGUCUGGUUCGGCCUAUACCCGUCUCCCACUCCUUAUUAAAUAAAUAAAUAAAUAAAUAAAAAAAAGUCCGCUCAAUCAUUUUCCUCAAUCCGGUUCGAGUUGUGGCUUCUGCCGUGAUUACACAUAUAUAUACAUAUACAUAUAUAUACAUAUAUAUAUAUAUAUAUGUAUAUAUAUAUAUUUCUCCUUCUUUUUAUGUUUUGAACGUGCUGAUCAUAGAGUAUUUUGAUUAAGUGCUUAGAUGAUCCCUUUGCGGCAAGUAACGUAAGAGCCUCUCAUUGUAGAUAACAAACCGUCACAGGCAGACACGAACACUUUUUGCUAGCACCGAUUUUGAGCAGAAAUCGUGACUCGGUUUGGAUUGAGCAGGAGGUUUGUGCGGGGUAUGUGUCAUGUGAAUGGUUGUACGUACAAGUAUGUAAAUUUUGUGCUCAUGUGAUGAAUGCAUCAUUAUUAAUAUAUUAAAUCAUGAAAACGGUCAUGAAUGCCUCAAACUCAUCUGCCUGAUUAUUUCUUGAUUUUUUUCUAAAAGAAAAGAAAAAAAAAAACAAUCAUCAAGAGAAACCAAAGUUGAUAAAGUAACAACGUAUAUAUAUGUGUAUAAAAAAGAAUCAUUUAUCACAAAAAACGUUUACAAUCCGACCCUUUCAGUAUCGUCAAACGUUUCAAGGAACAAUCAGCUGGUAGACUGCGGCAUUGAUGCGUGUAUACAGAAACAAAUUCUACAUAACAGUUCUGCAAAAAAAAAAAAAAAAACUAAAUACAGAGCAUAGCCUUUGCUCGAUCUCCAAACGCAACGCAUCCCCAUGGAUCUUGAAAUCCUCCUGUGUGUUGCUCGUAUGUUUGGAUCGUCAACAGAAACUUGGAUAAAAGUGUUGUUUGUUUAGAUAUGUUACAGAUGGAUUAGGCAAGUAAAAUGACUUAUUACAAAGUCGUGAGACCUAACCUGGAAUUGUGUAAAAAGAUUAGAAAUAACGAACAAUAAAAUAUAUGAAAAUAAAA